CAUGGAUAUGGAUCAAGACCUACCAGCGACAAUACGCUCCAUCGCUCGGCUAGAAGGCCACGAAGACCGCGCAUGGCACGUCGCGUGGAAUCCUACCAAACCCAUUCUCGCCUCCUGCUCUGCCGACAAGACCGUCAGGCUGUACAGCUACUCUUCGUCGUUUGAUAGCGAUGCGUCUGAGGCUCCGUCCGUGAAGUUCUCGCACAUCACAAACAUCCCGACCGGGCACGCGAAGACCGUCCGCGCGAUCGCGUGGUCGCCCUCGGGCAAAACACUCGCGACGGCCUCGUUUGACUCGAACAUCGGCGUGUGGGCGCAGGAAGGCGGUGAGGACGAGGAGGAUGGCGCGUCUAAUCCGGCACGGGAAUGGGAGUGCAUGAGCCUGUUGGAGGGCCACGAGACGGAGUGCAAGAGCGUGGCGUACUCGAGCUCGGGGAACCUCCUCGCGAGCUGCAGUCGCGACAAGACCGUGUGGAUAUGGGAAGUUCACCCGGAUCAUGACUUCGAGUGUAUGGGGGUGCUCAUGGAGCACACACAAGAUGUGAAGGCCGUCGCAUGGCAUCCGACCGAAGAGAUCCUCGCAUCUGCUUCCUACGAUGACACGAUAAAGCUGUACAUCGAUGACCCCCAAGAAGACUGGUAUUGCUUUCAAACCCUCUCCGGACACGGAUCGACGGUCUGGGCGCUCGCUUUCUCCCCAGACGGCCGCUUCCUCGCUUCAGCCUCGGACGACACGACUAUCAGGAUAUGGGAGCGCGUGCAGGAGCACAAAUGGGAGUGCAUAGACACGCUCUCGGGUCAUGAGCGGAGCGUGUACUCGAUCAGCUGGGGCGUCGGGAAGCCGCUUGACUCGGGUGAUCCUGGAAGCCUUGGGUGGCUCGCGAGCACCGGCGGUGACGGUAUAAUCAAUGUCUGGGAGCUCGGAGUCGGGCCUAGCGCGAAGGACCCGAGUCGUAAAACCCUCACACAGAAGAUCAUCGCGAAAAUCACCAAUGCGCACGAGGUCCACGACGUCAACAGCAUCGUGUGGUGUCCAAGAAAGGGCUUUGAGGACCUCUUCGCCACCGCAGGUGAUGAGGGAGUUGUGAAGGUAUGGAAGGUGGCAUCGUCGUAGUGUGUUCUAGCACCGGCGAUUGUAGCACAGGUAACGUAAGAAGUUCCAUAUGCUGUAAGAGAA